AUGGCAGAAGUAACCAUAAAACAUGUCCUCGUGAUAGGGGGAGGCGGAAACUUGGGCCCUGAGAUCCUGCAUGCCCUUCAAGAAGAUUCAACCUUCACUGUGUCUGUUCUCACGCGGGAAAGCUCUUCAUCCACUUCCACCUACUCCGCCGAUAUCCGACUAUUCAAAGUCGACGACUCAUAUCCGGCGACGCAGCUCCACGAUGCAUUCAAGGGCCAGGACGCGAUUAUCUGCGCGCUGAGCUUGCAGAGCAUCGAUCAGCAGUUCAAGUUCAUUGAUUGCGCGGUCGAAGCGGGAGUCAAAGUCUUUGUGCCUGCGGAAUUUGGAGGCAAUAAAGGAGCCGCGAAGCACGGAGAGAAGAUGCCGUUGCACGAUACCAAGGAUCUGGUGCUCGAGCACCUGAGGAAAGUGGAGGAGCAUGGCUUAUCCUGGACCGCGAUUGCCACGGGACCGUUCAUUGACUGGGGCCUCGCAAAUGGAUUCCUUGGAUUCGACAUCACGUCUCAACAAGCAAAGAUAUAUGGAACUGGCAACGAGGCCUGGACAGGGACGACAGUCAAGAACAUCGGUGUGGCAGUUGCGCGACUCCUUCACAAACCUCAAGAUGUCAAGAACCGGUUUAUUUACAUCUACUCGGUGAGGACGAGUCAGAACGAGAUAUUGGCCACGAUGGAAGCAGUCACUGGGUCUAAAUGGCACGUUCAACAUUUGGAAUGGGAUGAAGAAAUUCCAGCUGGCAGAAGAUUGCUCGAUAGUGGCAAUAGGGCAGGAGUUGUACCGUUAAUCCUGUCUUAUUUCUUUCGAAAUGGCAUGGGAGCAGACUACGUGAAUGAUGUCGAGGCAGAUAACGCUCUCCUAGAUCUUCCCACUCAGCACCUGGAGGAGAUUGUUAGAGAGGCUGUGCUUUGA